GGGCUAAUUUAUUCAAAAGAUGUCUGAUUGAUUGUGACAUGAUGCGCAGGUUUCAGAUACAUCCUGAUUUGUUUCAUUGGGUUUAGUGUGUAUUAAAGUUUUAUGUGUGAUUAUUUUGAAAUUUCAUCGAAAUACCAGAGUGAUUUGAAAAACAGUUUUGUUGAUAUUUUUGUUAGUCAAACUCCGAAACCCAUCAUAUCAUGGAAUGUGAAAACCGCCUGCAGUGGGUUGGGAAGUUAGAAUUCUUAUUUACGAGUGUUGGAUAUACGGUUGGAUUGGGAAACAUUUGGAGAUUUCCGGAAAGAUGUUACAAGAACGGCGGAGGUGCCUUUCUGUUGCCGUAUCUUAUGACAGUUUUGUUUUGCACGUUUCCCAUGUUGUUUUUAGAAAUGUUUCUCGGUCAAUUUGCUUCCGAGGGACCAAUUGCUGUGUGGAAAUUCUGUCCCCUGUUUAAAGGUGUAGGCUGGGGAAUAAUAUUCAUAACGUUUACCACAAAUAUAUACUACAUAGUGCUUGUUGCUUACUCAUUGUUCUAUAUGCUUCUAUCGUUUGUGCAUAUCGGUGGACCGCUACCGUGGCAGGAAUGUCGCGAAGAGGACGCUUGGAGCACGGACAAAUGCCGUACGGACCCGUAUCCAAAUUUCUUAGAUAUGACAGAGAAUGACAAAGUCCGUACUUCUAUAAAUAUGAUGGGAACUGAAUGUUUAGAGAAGGAAAAAAUAAAGAGAAAUAUAUCGGACAUUUUGGCCUUACCAUUUAAAUAUAUUCAAGAUGAAUUUUCGUCGUGCAGGAUUAAGUACAGAUCACCGGAACAGGAAUAUUGGAACCGGUUUGUUCUGGGUGUACAUGAGUCUGGUGGUCUUGAUGACAUUGGUAGUGUUGUUGGACGUAAUGCGGUGACACUUUUUAUUGUUUGGUUGGUAGUAUUUUAUUGUUGCCUUCGUGGAAUUAGAUCAAUAGCAAAGGUGGCAUAUGUUACAGCAACGUUUCCAGUCGCCCUGCUUCUCAUUCUCCUUGUUCGAGGUACAACAUUGCCUGGUUAUGACAGGGGGAUACAAUACUAUACUAAACCAGACUGGAGUAAACUGUCAGACAUGUCCAUAUGGGCCAGUGCUGCCACCCAAGCCAUGUAUUCUAUGGGAAUCGUAUACGGAGCGCAUAUAACUCUCGCUAGCUAUAACAAAUUCAAUAACAAUAUCACACGUGAUACUAUCAUUCUCGGACUAGUUAACACUGUAACAAGCAUAUUUGGAGGAUUUAUUGUUUUUUCCUUUCUUGGGCAUGCAUCCUAUCAACUAAACAAGCCAAUAGAAGAUAUCUUUGACCAGGGACCAGGCAUACUUUUCAUCUCAUAUAUACAGGGUGUAUCACAAUUGCCUGGUUCAGCUGUUUGGGCUCUUUUAUUCUUUAUGAUGGUUUUCACACUUGGGCUUGAUUCAGUAUUUCUAAUGGUAUGGACAGUCUACCGAGCACUUGUUGACGUCAUGCCAAGAAAGUUCCAGCGACGGGAGCGAUUCACACUCAUGGUGAUGUGCCUUAUUUCUUUUUUGUUAGGUUUGCCACUGGUUACAAACGGUGGAAUUCAUAUGCUAGUGUUAAUGGACCGAUAUUUAGCAGAUUAUGCCUUGACUAUAUUUCUAAUAAUCGAGGCCAUGUCGAUCUGUUGGUUAUAUGGAUUAAAUAACUUUCUGUCAGAUAUUGAAAUGAUGAUUGGAAAGAGGUCCCGAGCUUUCGACUGGUACCUACGGAUUACAUGGUCAGUGACGUCACCUGCGUUUUGCUUGUUCAUAUUUAUCGCGUCUGCCAUUGGUUACACAAAACCUGCUUACGACGGCACCGAAAUUCCAGCAUUCGGUGAAGCUAUUGGCUGGCUGAUAAUACUCACACCAAUUGUCAUUAUAGUCGGGUUUGGUGUGUUUGAAGUCCUUCGGUAUGGAACACCAACAAAACACACACUGCUACAAAAUAUCAAAUGGUCAAUUGAACCGGCAAAAGAUUGGGGACCAAGAUUACCAGAAAAUAGAACCGGGAAGUAUUCGUCUGAUGAUUAUAUUACACCUACACAUAUCGUCACAAAUGAACAACAAGACAUUAACAUGAAUGGUUAUACGACGACUGAUAUAUGAUGAGGAGGAGGACGAAAGAGUUACCUGUAUCAUAGUCCCGACAUUAACAUGUAAGAUUGCGCGUCCGCACGUUGUGAAUUGCGGUUUGUGGGAGGCCGCAUUUUUCGAACGUGUCUUUAUCUGCUGGAUAUUCAUCCCGUUUUUUUUUUUUUGCGACUAAUUAUUAUGAUAAUGACAUAGAUAGCACAUUGUGUACCUUUUCAUCUAAGUUUGAAGUUUGAUGGAAAACCUUUGACCUUAAACAAACUUGAAAUAAAGCUGCAGUGCAAACCAUGA